AUGGCGAUGCGCAACCCCCAACUACGCGGCCUCCCGUCCCGAAUUAUCCAGUCUGUCGGUCUCUCGCGGCAAUCCAUUCGCCCCUUUCACCGAAAUGUAAUGCCUUCGGUGCCCUCCCCGACCCCAUUCGUCCCAGAUGUCCAGACCUUCCUCACGUUGAUCGGCCGGGAAAUGUCCAAGCAUGCGAGCAAAAUUCCCUCGUGGGAGCAACUUUUCACCCUCAACUCCUCCCAGUUCCGAGAAGCCGGCAUUGAGAAUACUCGCCAGCGACGGUAUCUCAUUCGAAAGCGAGAGAAGUUCAGGAAUGGACUGUACGGUCCCGGAGGAGACCUGGAACGGGUUGUCGACGGCGUCGCCCAAUUGCGUGUGGUGGAAGUCCCCAAUGAAUCCUCAUCGAAGGAUAAAGACCAAGCCGCCAAAUCCGUUAUCACCUCGUCGGCCACAUUGACACCAGGCAUGAAGAAAGCCAUCGUGAACCUCGCCCCCGGUGUCACCGAGUACAAGCACUCAGCAUCGGCACAGUUGAAGAAGUUUGCGCAUAUGAAGAUCCACCGUGGUUCAAAGAUCAUGGGCCCAUACCUUGAGCCGGUCAAGGGAAGUCACGGCUCUGCUGCAACCAUCACCGUCCAGGAAGGCAUGUGGGAAGACAAGCGGGGACAAAAGGUCGACGGCGGUGAACGCCGACGGGUGGAAGUGAGAGCGAAGAAGAGACUGGAGGAGCGGAGAAAAGCAGCGUAA